UUUUAUCAGAGCCAUUCAGCCCCCAUACAGACUGCAGAACAAGAGCAGAUUAUGAAAUCGCAUGUUUUUUUUUCUGAGAACCCAGAAGAUUUAGCAAUUUCUCCAUCCUCAGCAAACUGGGGAUUUCAAAAUGAUGCUUUUGUCAAAUUAAUGCAGUUUUGCUUCCCUUUGGACACAACCGUCAGUUCCCCUUUGCACUGUUUGUAUAGAGUUUUACCAAAAGAGGAGAGACAUACUGCAAGCAAGAUAGCGUGAGAGACGAGUGCAUCUCGUGCCCACUAUUCUACUGCAUGUCUCACUGUUUAAAAGUUCACCAUGAGCAAUUCAAUCACAACCAUUGACCCCUGGGAUUACAGUGAGGACUACAAUGAUAGCAGUUCUGUCUUUAAAGAUGAUGACAGCGCUGCCCCCUGUGGCCUGACAAGCACAUGGACCUUUGUCGGACGCUUUGCCCCCGUGUCGUACAUCCUGGUCUUCCUCUUGGCACUAGUGGGUAACAUUCUAGUGCUGUGUGUGAUCCGCCGCUAUAGGCAAUCUCGGCACAGCCCAUGCUCCUUCUCACUGACAGACACCUUCCUGCUUCAUUUGGCCAUCUCUGACCUCCUAUUGGCUAUAACGCUGCCAUUUUUUGCCGUGCAGUGGAUCAGCGAUUGGAUGUUUGGCGUGUUUAUGUGUAAGAUGGCCGGAGCUCUGUUUUCACUUAACGUCUACUGCGGCGUGCUGUUCCUGGCCUGCAUCAGCUUCGACCGCUACCUGGCUAUCGUACACGCCAUCAAUAUCAGCUGGAGACGCAAAACCUGCCACGCUCAGCUGGCAUGUGCCGUAAUCUGGGUCACAUGCCUCGGCAUGGCCUGUGUGGAUGUGCACCACCGUUAUGUGGUGCCCCUGGUUGGCAGCGGUAAGCGGGUGUGCCAAACAGUGAUUUCCCAACAAUGGCAGAUUAGCAUGCAGUUGAUUAGCCUGUUUCUUGGAUUUGUACUUCCUCUCUUAGUCAUGCUGUAUUGCUACAUUCGCAUUUUCAAAGCAUUGUGCCAUGCCACCACGCGCAGGCAGAAACGACGCUCGCUGAGGCUCAUCAUCUCUUUAGUGGUUGUGUUUGUGGUAAGUUGGGCACCUUAUAACGCCCUGCGGACGACUGACAGCCUACGGACACUGGGGGUCAUUGCUGACACCUGUGGGUUGAACAAGGUGCUUGAUGUGGGCAUUCUGGUGACAGAAAGUAUGGGGCUAGCACACUGUGCUUUAAAUCCUCUACUGUACGGCCUUGUGGGGGUUAAGUUCCGUCGUGAGCUUGCCCAGAUGUGCAAAGCUCUGUUAGGACCCAAGGUGUACCUUGGAUCAACAGGAUCUUCCCAUGGUCGGGGAUCAAACCGCAGGCCUACUGGAUCAUUCAGCUCGAUGGAUAGUGAGAAUACCUCAUAUUUCUCUGCCAUGGCCUGAAAGACUGUAAAAGAUAGAGAAGCGAAAGAAGAAAUCAAUUAUGAGGUGAUGAAAGAAUGACGUGAAUUUAAAGAGAAAAAAGAAACUGAACAGUAACAGCAUUUCAGGUGAAAAAUGAUUGAUGAUUAAAAAAUCGUAGUUGACGUGCUCGUCUGUGCAAAACAUUGUCUGAUAUACAGCAUUGACCUUUUUGACCUUAAGGUAAACAACAUUUUAUUUUAUUUUUUCUGUUAAAGAUAUAUCUGUACAUUUGAAUGUGGGUUGAAAACUGCUUCAUCAUAGCUUUGAGUUCAACUUUUAUAGGGUAAAUUGCAGUUAUAUUCAACUGUGGUAGAUUUUUCAGUUUCAAACUUUUUGUAUUUCAGAAAUUCUGCUUUGCUGUUAUAACCACGAAAAUGAAUUGGCCCCUGGGUUGUCUGGGAUUAUUGUCACAAACAAGAACUGAAACCAUUUCUUGAGAAACUGCAUCUAUUUUCUUCACUUUAUUUAACACCCCCGUAAGAUGUUUUAGUUUCUCUUACACUGUCAUUUUGAACUUGUUCAUUGAUAUUUUAAAUGAAUACACAAAGUAGUCAUGGACAUAACUUGUUGUUUUUUUCUUAUUCUUUUUUGUUAUUUCUGUGUUUUCCUUCCUGAUAAAGUGUAUUCCAGUUAAAUUGUAAUAAAAAAUUA